AUGGAAGAACUAGCAUUAUUAGUGAGACAGCGCGGUAGAGUUCGAGCGAGACUCACGGCUUUUAAAACUUUUUUGGCAAAGCUUAACGACAAUCCGGAAAAGAUAGUCGAAAUACGUAGUCGAAUAGAAAAGGCUGAACAAUUAUGGAUAGAAUUCGAUACAAUUCAAAAUAAAAUUGAAGAUAUUGAUGAUUCUGAUAUACAAGAAUCAGAAAGAAUAACGUUUGAAGAUUUAUAUCAUGAAUUAUUGUCUAAAGCUCGCACAAUAUCGAUGAUUGAAGGCUCAACUUCUUCGGCUACUAAUUUUAAUAUACAGCCUAUCGCGCAAAACGAUCCAUUGAUUGUUCGUCCAAUGGUAAAAUUGCCUAAUAUUGAUUUACCAAAAUUUGAUGAAAAUUAUGAGAGGUGGAUACCUUUCAGGGAUUUGUUCGAGUCACUUAUCGCGUCGAAUGUUGUAUUACUCAAUGUGCAAAAAUUACAUUAUUUAAGAUCUGCAUUGACAGGCGAAGCCGCCAAAGUGAUAGACUCAUUAGAAAUUAGUAAUGAUAAUUACGCGGUAGCAUGGAAUUUAUUAAAGCAAAGAUUUGAAAAUAAGAGAUUAAUAGUACAAUAUCUUAUUCAAAAGUUACUUGACAUUCCAGCUAUCACUAAAGAGUCACAUGCAGAUCUUAGACAAUUGGUGGAUAAUAUUUCACAAUAUACACAGUCGUCAAUAAAACUCGGCCAACCUGUAGAAAGUUGGAGCACGAUAAUUAUCCAUAUCAUUUUACCGAAAAUUGACAAAGGAUCUCGACGUGAAUGGGAAGCCAAGCGAUCUGUUAUAGAAGCGUUUCCUACGUUAACUGAAUUUAUAGAUUAUCUUGUUAAUCGCAGUGGUUUUUUAGAAGCGGUGAAUCGGGCGAAUCAAAAUUUGCAAGGCGUAAGUAAUCACGUGCGGAGGGAUAAUAAAGCUCAUCCAAGCCAUACUAAGAAUGUAACUCAAGCAUAUGUAACGUCAAGCGAUUCAUCGUGCGUACUGUGUUCAGGUAAUCAUCGGUUACGUGAAUGUCAAGCAUUUCUUAAAAUGCCAGUUAGGGAUAGGAUAUCCGAAACAAAAAAGAAACGUUUGUGCAUAAAGUGUCUUAGAGAAUUUUAUGGUCGAAGUUGCAAGGCAUCUAAUUGUAAAACAUGUAAAGGUUAUCAUAAUACACUUUUACACAUAACUGAUUCACCAGAUGAAAGAUCAUCCGAAAGGGUUGAAUCGAAUAACACAGACACAGUAAAUACUGUUCUCAAUCAUUGUAGCGUUAGAGAUGUUACUCAUGUGUUUCUUGCUACUGCUAUUAUUUACAUACGCGAUUCUCACGGCAACCCACACGAAUGUCGCGCUCUUCUUGAUAGCGGAUCGCAAUCUAAUUUCAUAACAAAAAAUUUUUGUGAACGCUUGCAUUUAACACACAAAACUAUUGAUCUUAAAAUUAAAGGUAUUAGUAACACUCCGAUUAGCGCUAUUCAGACGAUUCAAGCGACCAUCGAAUCACGAGUGAAUUCAGCAAAAUUUACAAUUCCAUUUAUAAUAAUUAAUCAAAUAACGGAAUAUUUGCCAACAAUUAAAAUAAGUCAAAUCAAAUUCGACAUACCGCCAGAAAUAAAACUAGCGGAUCCAACUUUUUGUACACCUGGGAAAAUAGACGCAUUAUUAGGCGCUUCCAUUUUUUGGGAAUUAAUGUGCAUGAGACAAAUACGAUCUGCAGAAAAUACUCCUAUUUUUCAGGAAACAUUAUUAGGAUGGAUAAUAUUUGGCGCGAUUCCCAUCGAUGACAAAAAACAACGCAAUAAUGAAGUAUAUUGUGGAUUGUCUACUUGCGCUUUACAGCAACAAUUAGAAAAAUUUUGGACGAUCGAGGAAGUUAAAGUCCCGCCACAUUGUUCGUCUAAAGAAAAACAGUGCGAAGAGCAUUUUAUUUCUACUCAUCGUAGAGAUAUAGAUGGUCGUUUUAUAGUACAACUACCGCUAAAGGAUACAGCAGAAAAUUUAGGAGAAUCAUAUAUUAUUGCGGAAAAACGUUUUAAAGCAUUAGAGAGAAAGCUGGAAAGGCAAUCUGAAUUAAAGGCUCAGUAUCAUGAAUUCAUGGCGGAAUAUUUAAAGCUGCACCACAUAAGUGAAGUUCAGAUCGAAGAAAAACAUAAUAAGCCAGCUUACUAUAUUCCGCAUCAUGCUGUAACAAAAGAGGAUAGUACAACGACAAAACUAAGAGUCGUCUUCGACGCGUCAUGUAAAACAUCAUCUGGAAAAUCCUUGAAUGAUAUACUCAUGCUAGGGCCAAUUCUUCAAAAUAGUUUAUUUGAUAUUAUAAUUCGUCUAAGACAACAUAAAUAUGCCAUGGCAGCCGACAUUGCCAAAAUGUAUCGCCAGAUUGCAGUAGAUCAUAAAGAUCGCAAAUUCCAACGUAUUUUAUGGAGAUGGGACAAGAAAGAUCCUGUACAAACAUUUGAACUCAAUACAGUUACUUAUGGUAUGACGAGCUCACCAUUUUUGGCAAUUCGAUGUUUACAGGAAGUCGCACAACAGAUGAUAUCUGAAUAUCAAAAUGCUGGUGAAACAAUAAUAAGAGAUUUCUAUGUGGACGACCUAUUAACGGGAGCGGAUACAAUAGGGGAACUUAUACAACUGAAACAAGAGAUUAUACAUAUUUUAAGUUUUGGAAAAUUUGAAUUGAGAAAAUGGAUCUCCAAUCUUGCACAAAUCUGUGAUCAAUUUGACAAUGAAAAAAGACAAAUUACAUCGAACGAAUCGACGAAAAUUCUCGGCUUGUUAUGGAAUACUAAGACUGAUGCCUUUCAAUAUCGAAUAAAAUUAAAUAUUAGUGAGAAUAAAACAACUAAACGUAUUAUAUUAGCUAAUAUUGCACAGAUAUAUGAUCCGCUCGGAUUAUUAGGCCCCAUAAUAGUACAAGGUAAAAUACUGAUGCAAUACCUGUGGCAAUCAAAAUGUAAAUGGGAUGAAGGAGUUACUACGGAAAUUAAAGAUAUGUGGCUUCAAUGGAAGUCACAGAUUGGUAGUGUAGAACAGCUUACAAUUCCGAGAAGAAUGCUUUGUGAUAAUCCUGAAGAAAUAGAAGUACAUGGGUUUUGUGAUGCAUCGGAAAAAGCAUAUGGAGCAUGCUUAUAUUUUCGUACUACUAAUUCGAGAGAAAAUUAUACUGUUAGAUUAGUAUGUGCUAAGUCACGUAUAGCACCUAUUAAAAGAGUGUCAUUGCCAAGACUGGAAUUAUGCAGCGCAGUUUUAUUGGCCAAUUUAGUUAGAAAUGUAUUACAAUCCUUGACAAUACAAAUACAUAAAGUAUAUUAUUGGACUGAUUCCACUAUAGUCCUUGCAUGGAUAGCACGAGAGCCUACACAUUGGAAAACAUUUGUAGCCAAUAGAGUGGCCGAGAUACAGCGUGAAACGAAGAACGCACAAUGGUAUCAUGUUCGGUCGGAAGAUAAUCCUGCGGAUCUAUUGUCGAGAGAAGUCAGUCCAGCAAAAUUAAAAGAGAAAAGAAUAUGGUGGGAAGGACCACAAUUCUUACAGCAUAAUUCAGUAUUUGUGCCAUUUAGUGCAGAAAACAUUUACGAAGACAUAACAGAAAAACGCACAACUAACUUACUUGUUCUUAAAGAAGCGAAUGAAUAUAUGGCUAUCAUCGAACGAUUUUCGUCAUUAUCACGACUGAAGAGAGUUACUGCGUAUUGUCUACGUCUUGCGAAAAGGAGUGUUCAAAAUACAUCUCAACAAUCAAAAUUAUUAACCGUAUUGAAGUUAGAACAUGCCAUGAAAACACUCAUCAAAGGCUGUCAAGCUCAUAGUUUUGCAGAAGAACUACAUAAUUUAAGCAAUAAAAAGCGGCUGCAAUCUAAGAGCAAAUUGUUAACAUUAAAUCCGUUUUUAGACGAAGAGGGCAUCAUUCGUGUGGGGGGAAGGUUGUGUAAUGCGACUAUAGAAUAUUCUCAAAAACAUCCCAUUAUUUUGCCUAGUAAACAUCACCUCACUACAUUAAUAAUUAGAGAUGCACAUUAUAAGAAUUUACACGCUGGAUCACAAGCGAUAUUAAUGAUGGUGCGUAAUAAUUAUUGGCCUAUUUCAGGUAGAGAAGCGGUACGUCGCGUGUUAAGGUCUUGCAUAGUAUGUUUUAGAGCAAAACCAACAGUCGCACAUCAAUUAAUGGGCAAUUUACCCGCUGUGAGAGUGACUCAACAAAUACGUGCAUUUUUACACACAGGAUUAGAUUAUGCAGGCCCAUUUACAAUUAAAAUAUCGCGCAAUAAAACGAGCAAAGCAUAUUUAGCCAUUUUCAUUUGUCUUGUUACAAAGGCGGUACAUUUUGAACUAGUUUCGGAUUUAACUACAACAGCAUUUCUUAACGCAUUGAAAAGAUUUAUUGCUCGUAGAGGUAAAUGUAUAGCUUUAUACUCGGAUAAUGGCACCACCUUUGUAGGCGCUAAUAAUCAACUUACGGAACUAAAAAAUUAUCUAAUAAAAGAAACGACUCAAAAUCAAAUUCAUGAGUAUUUAGCGGAACAUUUCAUUGAUUGGAAAUUUAUUCCUCCAUAUUCACCUCAUAUAGGCGGGCUGUGGGAAGCAGCUGUGAAAUCAGCCAAGACUCACAUGCGUAAAAUUAUUGGAACCGUAACAUUAACUUUUGAAGAGUUAUAUACAGUAUUUACUUUGAUAGAGGCCUGUUUAAAUUCAAGACCACUCACUCAAUUAUCAAAUGAUCCGACAGAUCUACAGCCUUUGACACCUGGUCAUUUUUUGAUAGGAGAAGCUAUAAACACAAUUCCGGAACAUGAUCUUAGUGACGUUUCGACGAAUCGCUUGACGCGUUAUCAAUUAAUUAUACAGUUGAGACAACAUUUUUGGACCAGAUGGUCAAAGGAGUACAUUGUGCAAUUGCAACAACGAAUUAAAUGGAAACAAGAAGGUAUCAUAAAUUUAAGUAAAGGAAUGAUGGUAUUAUUAAAAAAUGAAAACACAUGUCCGAUGACAUGGCCGUUGGGACGAAUUGUAGAAAUACAUCCCGGAACAGAUGGAAUUACAAGAAUAGUCACGGUUUGA